GGUCAAUGAAAUGAAGUUUAAAGGAAUUUCAAAACAUGUCCAGCGUCAUGAAAAAACAAAAACAUCAAUAUUAUUUUGUGUGAAUGGUAAAGAUCAUUAGGGAAAAAGUAUUUCAUCCAUUAUCUCUUGAAGAGGGGAUAAUCCAAGAAAAACACAUCUUUCAAAGAAUUUUAUCUUGACAAUUAUGUCAACUAUUCAAGGGACCAUUCACUUCAAUGAAUAGAGGAGACUCUCACUAUCUUAUAAUGGCAUAUAUGUCUGCAAUGUUGAAAAUUGGCUUUUAACAAAACGAUCAAUUAUCAAGACAUGUUAAUAGAGGACUUUGCAUAUACUUGUAUGUAUAUACAUGCAUGCAUGAAUGAUUGGGGUUAUAACAAGACAAUUGGGUCCUUUAAAUUUGUACGUACCAAUACUUCAAUCAUUAGCUCAAUUCUGAGAGGGGUUAAAGGUUUGUUUGGUGAACUCAGUGUCGACAAGUUUAUAAGGGAAUUUUAUGAACAUGGUCAUUUCAGAAGGUUGUGUAAUGUGAAGAAUUUUCUGGUCCCUGGUCACUCUGGAUGUACUAUAGCCAUGUCAUGGGCGGGAUCAGGAAACCCCAUACAAAGUAAUGUGCCAGAUUAUCAGAAGAUGCUACAGAGUAAUCUUCUAUCAUCAGGCUGGAGUAGCAGAGGAGGAUCAGACAGAUACAAUAGUUAUUCCCACCCCAAGAGUCCACUCUCCCCCACCCCCCAGGACUCCCUCACAAACGGACUCGGUGGAUAUUCCGACUCGGUCCAUCGACCUCAUUAUCAGUCAUACAGACCAUCUAAGUACGGAAUAACAGAUUCAACAUAUCUAGAGAAAGACUUUAAGGAACUGUCGGCAGAGGAUACUUAUAGCUACCCAAAGUAUGACAGCACGGUCAGUAAGGAUACGCUAGAGAGACCAAGAUAUGACAUCAAAGACACGCUUGACCGCCCUCACAAGUAUGACUCCUCUAGUGAAUUGUACCAGAGAAAGUACUCCAGUUAUUCUGUGUCACAUGGAGAGGACAUUGACGGUCCAAUCAAUGACAGUAAUUGGGCCUCGCCCCCUAAAUCUACCCCCUCGGAUAUUCCGAGUUCUGUCUACACAGCACCUGUGAAGUCCCGGUCUUCUGUGACUGAUGGAGCUGAUUAUAUCAGGGACAGUAGGAAGUCCUCAACUCUGUAUGAGGAUAAGUAUUACUCUGACAAUGAUGCCGUGACUCGGAGCUCUAAAUCUCGCUCCAGGUACGGAGGUGAUUUGAAGUAUAUGACGGGAGAUUUGAGGCAGUGGCAAAGAGGACAUAUGGACACAUAUAAAGAAAGUUCCCCAAGUACCCAGAUCUGGCCAAGUAUAACUAGCACAAUACAAAGUUCCUUAGACUCGCCAUACUGGACAAAUACCAGAGGCUUCACAUACAGUGGAAAUUCUAAAGGUGAAACCAAUGGAGGCUUUGACUCUCUGUUUAAAAACAUAGACGAUAAUCCCAGGAAGUGGGCGUCGGUCAGUAGAGCAGCUGAUGACAUCAUCAAGGAAAAGGACACCCUCAUUGAAAAGUUGAAGAUGCAGGUGAUGAGGCUAGAGGAAGACAACAAGCAGUAUGAAGGGAAACUCAAGAGAGCAGUACUGAAUGGAGAGGGGGGAGAGGGGGAGGCCUAUAAACAAAUACAGGAACUUGAACUCAAGAAUGCACAAUUAAAAGCUGAGAAUGCAGAAAUUAGAACCAAGAAGAAUGCCGAGUUGGAUGAGUUGGAAAUGAAAUUAGGGGCCACAGAACAGGAAGUAGACCAGCUGAGGGCAAUCCUGAGGAAGCGAGGGUCAGGUCCAGAAUACUCAGACUCACAGUUUUAUGAGCUGGAGAGAGAGAAGGAGGACUGGAAGAGGAAAUACCUGGAGAUGUUUGAUAAUCACAGUCAGAUGAAGGAAAAGCUGGACGAAUUACAGAGUUAUCUGUCAGACCUCCCCACAGUAGAGGAAAGCAUGAAAAACGUCCAAGAACUUCAGAGUUUAAGGGAGAAGACCCAGUUUCAGGAGGGCCGCAUUGAAGAGCUCCAGCAGAGAUUUUACUAUUCCCGAAGUCCAGAUACAGGAAAGGGACUUAAUUUACUUCUGAAAUAUUUUCAGGAAAAAAGAUUGGCUGGGCAAGUAGCUGUUGUUACGGGGGAGAUAGACAGGAUAAAAUCUGAGGGGGAGGGGGCGGAGCUUCACAGGUGUGAGGAACAGCUACAGAGGGUCAAACAUGAGAAUGAACGUCUGGCCAUAGACCUGGACAAGGCUAAAAAGCUGUUGGAGGUAAGUCACCGUAAAUUGCGACAUUCGGAGGUGAAGCAUCAGAACGAGGUCAAACAGCUACAGGAGAGACUGACCCACGAGGAAGAAUCGGUGGGGGCCCUGAGGGGGGACUGUAGAGUAAAGGAGGAAAACAUCAAAAAACUCAAACGAUCCAUGAAAGAGCUGAGCAGUAAAAACCAGGACUUGAUGGAACAGAUCCUGAUCAUAAGGGAGCAGCUGAAAACUCUGGAGGAGCAGGUGGCGGAUGAGAAUCAGAAAAUCCAGCGUCAGUUUACACAGGAGCUGAGUAUGUGUUACCACGAGCUACAGUCACUGGUACAAGUCUGUGUUCAGCGAGCAGAGGGAAACGAUCCAAACAUGUCCCUACUACUGGGUGUCCGAGCUCCCUCUGAGUUGGAGACAGGACAAGCAAACAAAGAGCAGGAGGCCCACACCCUGAAGCUGUGUUACACAAUGAGAGAAAGUAUGCUGAGGACCUAG